CUUCUCUAAGGACAAUCUGCACGAGCUGCCAUUUGAUAUGGUCCCUAUAGUUGUCGAUUGGUUAAUUCCAGAUCAAACAUGCGAUGAUGCAAAGAAGAAUACAACGACCUACAUGUGCCAAGAGAACUCCAUUUGUACAGAUGCUGAGAAUGGAAACGGCUACCAGUGCCGCUGCUCGGAGGGUUUUCAAGGGAACCCCUAUCUCCAAAAUGGUUGUCAAGAUAUCAAUGAAUGCGUGAUUUCACAACCCUGCGUUGGAGAUUGUACGAACUUGCCAGGAACGUAUAAUUGUUCAUGUCCAGAGGGAUCUCAAGGAGAUGGAAGAAACGAUGGCAUGGGUUGUACUCCUAUCAUCCAUGAAAAGAGGUUUCGCUCGAACGACAUCAUGCUAGGUGUGAGCAUAAGCUUCUUGCUGGUUCUUUUGGGCGUUUCCUGGUUUUAUUGGGGGCUGAGAGAGAGAAAAAUCAGCAGACGGAGAGAGAAGUUCUUCCUAGAAAAUGGGGGCCGCCUUAUGUUGCAGAGACUUCUUUCUGAGCACGAAGGUUCUGUUGAAGCGGCGAGAAUAUUUACUGACGAAGAGCUCAAGAAGGCCACGGACCACUACCAUGAAAGCUGAAUCCUAGGCCAAGGAGGCCAAGGAACAGUAUAUCGAGGGAUCUUACCAGACAGUACAGUUGUCGCCAUCAAGAAGGCCAAGAUUUUGGACCGAGGUCAUGUUGAAGAAUUCAUCAACGAGCUGAUCAUCCUCUCCCAAAUUAAUCAUCACAAUGUGGUUAAGCUAAUGGGUUGUUGCUUCGAGACGGAGGUCCCGUUAUUAGUCUAUGAGUUUGUGAACAAUAGCACCCUUGCCGACCACAUACAUAAGUGCGGCCACGAGUCCACAUUAUCCUCGAGGGCUCGUCUCUGCAUUGCGGGGGAGACUGCAGGCGCGCUCUCGUACUUGCACUUCGAUGCAUCUGCUCGGAUUUUGCACAGAGACAUAAAGAGCACAAACAUAUUGUUGGACGAAAACUACACCGCAAAGGUUGCCAAUUUCGGAGCCUCCAGGCUAGUACCCCUCGAUCGGACACAACUAACCACGCUGGUUCAAGGCACGCUCGGGUACUUGGAUCCCGAGUACUUCCACUCGAGCCAGAUGACUGAGAAGAGCGAUGUCUAUAGCUUCGGGGUUGUGUUGGCUGAGUUACUGACUGGACUGAGGGCCUUGUCCUUUGAGCGGGCUAAGAAUGAGAGGAACUUGUCCUUGUAUUUUUCUUCUGCAAUAAAGGGCGAGAGGCUGUUCGAAAUCAUUAACCUGAGGGUGCUGAACGAGGGGAACCCAGAAGAGAUUAUGGAAGUUUCAAUGCUGGCAAACCGAUGCCUGAGGGUGAAAGGUGAAGAUCGGCCGACCAUGAAGGAAGUGGCGAUGGAAUUGGAGGGACUGAUGUGGGUGAUGGACAGGCAUUCAUGGGUGAAUCAGAGCUGUGAUCUUGAAGAAGCUGAGCAUUUGCUUGGUGAGAGAUCAAGCAAAUGUGAUGGCAUCCUCAAAAGCAAUGCAUCAGGAAAUGAUGAUAGCAUAAGAAACCAAGUGCCCUUCGAAAUUGAAAGUGGAAGAUGAGACUUCAUGGCUAUGUUGGCCCUCGAACUAUUAUUCAUUUUUUCUUUUUUUUUUUCUUUUUGUUUUGUCUGUUUAGUUGCUUGCUCUAUGUGCUUAAAAUUCAGAUGCUACGUCCAAGUAGAGUAACUGGCCUUUAUAUUUGUGUAACGUAACAUUCGGACGAUAUUUGAAAAAUAAAAAAGGCCAAAAACAUUCUUGAGCUUUUA